GGGAUUCCGGCGGAGAAGGUAUAUAAGCCACAUAUACACACAAACACGUAAGUGCGCGCGCCAGUGAGAGCAAAGUUUGGAGGGGGAUGCGAUCGUUUGAAAUGAAAAAUAGGAGGAUCCAAUAGAGGAGCAACACAGUCACGCAAUAAUCAGAUGGAAUACACCACGUGCUUUGGUCGCCAAGUUUUCCAACAACCUCAGAGCUGUCGUCUACGGGAUCUACUACAAUGGACUAUACUGCGCGCCGAGGUGAAACGAACGUCAGAGACCUUCGUUUUAUUGAGGUUUCUUUGGGGAAAUCGAUUGCACUCCUUUUUUUCUUGACAAGGUACAAAGUCAAAGGAUUUAAAAAUAAAAAGAGUGCGGAAGGAUAACCUGAUCAAUCAGUCGAUAAUAGAAAUCAUUACAACGAUUUUCACUUGUAUUUGCCUAAUUCAUAAUGAGCGAACAUUGAUUUCCCAGUAAUAACCGCCGAUCCGCCUUUUCAUACUACCAAGGUUGUUGUUUUGUUUUUUUUUCAAAAAACCGGUAUAGAAAUGAGUACACAAAGAAGUUACACUUCCCUUCAGCAAUGAAAAUAAAAACACGGACGCGCAAUUGUGCAAACAAAAUAAACACACAGAUGUCAGCCGCAGGUGCGCCAAACUAUUGACAAUAAACAGUUUGUGUCACGAUAAACGAAAAAUCGGAAAUGUUUCAUCAAUCGCACAGAGAGCGGAGGAUGCGUAUGUUACUCCGCGCUGAUUGUAUAGAAUAUGCUGGAAGACGAAAGAACUGCUGAUGGCGCCGUAUACUUGUGUGUAAAAGUAUAAAGAGCCAGAGUGCGCGGAUACGACCGUGACUGCUACACCUGGGGACAUCUUCUCCUUUCUUUCUUAUUUUCUUCCCUUAUUUUGGUUGAAAUCCCCAUCCUACACCUAUUGUCCUGCUGUCCCUUUCCUUUUAAAAAAGAGAGAGAGAGCGAAAAACGGAAAACCCAACAUAAGCAAACAAACACACAAGGCAUACAGACUUUUGGAGCUAUGGGGGGAGAGACGGCUAAACUAGGCAUUCUACCUGUACGACCUUGGCCAAGGUGAAUAGUAGAUAUGGAAAAAAAGGAAAAUAAAGACUAGAACUCUCGACCUGGUUGCCAAGACGUUCGUCUAUACCACACUGUGGGCACAGUGAUACACCUUUCCUUUGUUGGCAUUUAGACCUAAUUCCUCAAUCUACUAGUUCAGGUUUUCAUUUGGUACGGCAUUUGGGAUUGUUAUGCAACACAUUAGGCGGCUGCUGUCAGGGAUUUACGCUGUUUAAUUUUGCGCAUGUCAACUUUUCGCGUUUGUAAGCCGUAAGAUUUGACAGUUCCUGACUUUAGAAUUCCAGAGGAAACAUAAUUCGAAUCACUUUUAAGGGUUCUGUCUCAAAAGUGUAUGACCCGAAUAUGUUUGGGUUGUUUCUUCGUUAUUAUAAGUAACGGCGGUUUUUUUUUCUUUUUUCGCAAUCCGGUACAAGCCAGUUCAAUCUGUACGUCCCGGCGCCGGGUUUUUCUUCGGCGGAUGGGAAAUUAAUCGAUUAUUGCUGGAUUAUACAGCUGCUCAGCUUAUGAAUACAUAUUUUUAUAUCGAUAUGUUUUUGUUGUAUUUCUGGCGUCAUCACGACGCAGGUGGAAGAAGCAAUGUCGCAUUGCGACCGGAUCGAAGCUCACAACUUUGCGUGUAAAACUAAAGCGAGACGAUGUCGUUUCGCUCUCACUUGAUCCCAACGACGAUUCCCAAGAAAAAAUUGAUUUAAUGAGUCCCAGUUUUAUCGUUGAUCACGAUUCAGCGUGACUCAUGUGACAAAGAAAUAUUUCCUGGCUAUACUCAUGUCAAGUUCUCUGCUGAUGUCUUCGUUGCAUAAAUUAUUAUUAUUUCUAACCAGCUCGCUAGUACAUUACACCUGCGUGGAACGGGUCCUCCCUUUCCGAAUCGUUCACUUUCGUGUGUCGGAAUUUUCAUCCGAAACAUGAGUGACGUCACUUCAUUCGGUGCCAAACUAAGACUGAUGGUAUGCUUCUUAAAAAAACUGAUGAUUAUGUAGUCAGAUGACAAGAAAUGCAACCUCUUGAACGGGAAUCUAUUUAAUGACAGGCGGUGAACGAGCGGCGUUUUGAUUCAAACUGAAUUAAAUUCAAGCGCGCGUGAUCGAACUUGCUCUAGUGAUUUUUUUAAAAUUAAAACAUUAGACCGUGUGUAUAGUGAUGAAUUCCGUUUUUCUAUUUUCCCGGUCGAUCAUCGUUCUUUUUUUUUUGAUUUAUUUGAGGAGAAAAAGGAAGGAAGGAAAAAGAUUUAGUAGCACACCAAAACACCGCUACAGUUUGGGUCAAGGUAAAUUCUGAUCCCGAACGGCUGGCGGCCAGCUCCCGACACGCCAACCAUAGAUUUUGGGUUCCAAAUUUCUGGUUCCAUUCAAGGCCAAAGAUCCAAAACAUUUUGGCGCAAUCUUUUGUACAAGUCCCACUUACAACUUUUCCUCAACUUCCGCAAGUUUCUUAUAAUAGUAUACGUUAGAUACGUUACAUUUAUCACUGGGCGAUGUAGAAUACGAUGAGUGGAAUACCCUGAAAAUAUUGUGGUUCACCUUGAGAUUUUAAUUGUUUUCGUCACGCGAGCAACAACGCAAUAGUCCGAAUAAGGAGACAGAAAAAAACAGGAACAGCGCAUAUGUCGGACUGCCCUACUUUAUGACACAGUAAUACACAAUCGGUCAUACAAGUCGCAAUCGGAAUGGCCAGCAGGGCUUGUUACCAAUCCGCAAGCCACUAACCCAUUCUCAUUCGUGGGAACUUGCUAUUCUCAUUUCGGCAUGUUCGACUAUGGCAAACCGUAGUAAUCAUUUUCCAGUAUAGGCUAUUCCAUCAUGGAAAACCAUUCUAUUUCAGAUUCUUGGUAUGUCUAAUAGCACGUCAUUAUGCAUGGCUCUAUUCAGAUACAUGUAUGUUUGACCAUUGAUUUGGAUUAUACAUUGCGGUUAGUAUUUUCACGUGAUAGAUGUUGCAGAUAAUAGAGCAUAUACCGGUGCAAACUAGAAACUGUUGGAGGAAUGAGGAGGAUGCGCUACUUUCUAGAAAGUUCUAUCAUGAAAUUGUGUCCUUUUUGUUUGCAUCACCAAAAAAUUCAAAGAUACGUAUGGCUAUAGGUAAUUUUCCAGACCACGUAGCAAAUUUUGGUGCCCAUAGAAUUUCUCUAUCUACAAAAUCCUUGAUGUGCCAUUUACAGGAUACAUAGCAUUGAGAUUCCUUCAACUCUAUAGACAUGUUAGGCCUAUAUGUAUACAGCUGCCCUCAAAAUUGAUUUCCUCAUUUCACUCUCUUUGCUUUGGAAUUGAAUGAGAACGUCCUCGACAUCAAACAACAAAAUGUUGCAAUAAUUUCCAUAAUGAUAAUCAAAAAUACUUUCGGUAUGGGAAAAACCAGUUUUUUUUUCAGUUUAUGCGUAUAGUAUAGGUCACCUGUUAUUACCAUACUAUGCCAUCUCCCGGGAGUAAAGCUUAACGUGGAACCACAACUUCACAUGUGCUUUUUUCUUUUCGAUUAAUAACGUUUAAAAAUAAAUAAAUUCCUUAUUAUAUUUCUUGAAUGUUGUGACAUCUUUGCUACAUUCUUGUUCGGUACGAUUCUUAUCAUGUCACAACUUUGACGAUUUCUAAGUUAAAUUUUUAAUAGUAAACCUGACAUCAUUAUAAGAACUGGUCCAACAUCUGUAUGAUAACGAGUUUUGAGUAUCUAUUCAAUGACACCAAUAAUUUCUAUCAUUAAAGCAGGUUGUAGCAAGUUUAAGCUAGUCCAUCAUGCGUGGGAGUUAUUUUUACACUUUUAGCGCGUUUCACGAUAUUAAAUAUUUCGAGCGUGUUUUCCGUCUAACUACUUUACCACGUAAAGUGUCUUGUUAAAAAGAUUGAAGGAUUUGAUUAAGACACCCAUCGUAAAAUGCCUGUCCAAAUGAGCUUGAGGUUUACCAUCGAUCAAGGCUUUUGCGGCUUCUGUUGAGCCAUCCGUGUAGUUCUACAUGGUGUGGUGCUUUUCAAAAGGCUGUGGCAUCCAUCAUUCAGUGGGUUUGAAAGGAAGUGGGCAGCACUCAAAGCACGUGUUCGAAAUAACAGGGACCGACAAUUUCCGACACCGCCGGGGAAAAAUCUGAAUUCCAGUUGGCAUUAGUAUUUUAGACACUCUGAAUCGCUGGUCGACUCUUUUAUCUCGGAGAAUAUUAUACUCGCAUCGGAAAUUAUUUGGAUUAAUUGUGUUUUUUCUAUCGAGAAUAAUUCAUCUCUUCGCUUCACGCUGGGGGAAAAUUAUUGGUAAUUAUAUUUUUUAUUUUAGAAAGAUUUUUAGAAAGAUAACAAAGUGUGGUGUGUCCAUCUCAAUCAGAAGCAGUUGCUGUCCACUGUUAAAUUUCGUUGGUACUCUUUUUCUUUUCAGCGGAUAUUUUUUAAAAGUAUUGCAGCAAACUGAUUUACAUUGAAAAAUAUUCAAAUUUCUGAGAGCAGUAUGAAUUUACAUUGGGAAAUGGAAAUUGCGAUAUUGCUGACAUAACGCUGUUAUAACAGUCAUUGCUUAUUUCACUAGCUAGAAGUUGUGCCAUUUAAAAAAAAAUUUCAACAUCCUCCAAUAUCGAAAUUGAUUAUUUCUGUCAGUGGACAUUAAUUGCUCGGAUAUCUUAAACUAAAUUAUUCCAUUUUCUUGUGUGACGGUGAAUUAUUACGAUACGCCACGAACCUUACUCUCGCUGAUUAAAUCGCGAAAUAUUGUUCUUAAAUUAAAUUGCAUUCAACUGCUUCGGCGACGACCUAGCAACCAUUUUUCAAUCAUCCUCAUCAAGUCACUUAUUUAGAAAGUGAAAUAAAAAUAGACUUGUAGAGUAAUAUAUUCUUGCUAUUUCCGGUGCAAUCACCGAAAAGUUCCUCUUAUAUCCGGUUGUAUUGCCCCACCCUAUCUAAUGAAAACUGGUCGGUCGGUCAACGUCACCUAGACCGGAAGGGAAAACCCUCACCACAUCAUCACAUCCGGACUCGAUCGGCUUUUCUUUUUCUAAAAAUAAAAAAACAAAAUAAGUCUUUCCAGAAAGUAAUGCAGUGUCAAAUUGCGAUUUCAGUCGGAUUGAUGUCUAGACGGCGGUCGCAGAAUCUACUCGAGAUUCACCAGUAAAAUCAAUAAAAUGGGGAAAGACGAAUCGAUCAAAGACGAUUACGGAUUCACGAGAAAUUCCACUCCAACAACAAAUCCCUCUCGAGAAGAGUCUCCUACUUAUUCCAACUACGGAAGAUCACCUCCCGAUCAACGAAGGUUCGCUAUUGCUCUUUCAGAACUGCCGGCGCUCAAUUUCUACAACCCUUUGUUAAACAACCCUUCGUCAUCCGAGUACAUCGCUAGCGUUCGAUCGAAUCGAAUACGCUCCAUCGACGAAAUUGCUUCCGCUCAUUUGAGCAUGCACCCUAGACUGGCGAGUGAUGAUGGCACGAUCGGCUCCACCAAUCUGACAUCCGCCAGCAUGCAGAUGCCAUACUGGAGCCAACAUUCUGUGAAGAGCGUCGACAGUAGCCGUGCCAGCGAAACGAACCCAAAAUCUUCAGUGACGUUUUCAUCCAAUUUCGUCAGCUGUCGACAAGCAGCCAAAUCGAUUUUGGGAUUCUGUAUCUGCAUGUGGUCGGUUCUCUUUCUCGGAGUCACUAUCGCCACUGUAAUUUAUUUCACUGGGAAAGGAGGCACGCUCUUUCAACCUCCGCAGGCUCCAGCAGCCAACAUAAUUUACGGAGAAUUCCACGUAUUCAAUCAUUCAAUUCUGUUCGAGACCUUUGACGGGAGUUCAGUUAAUACGACAUUGUUUAAAGAUCUCACAAACGAGUUACAGCAAAAAAUGGAUCGCUCGUUUCAGUCAUCACCGCUCCUCUCGGCAUUGUACAAUCGUUCCGCCAUCUUUGGGGUAGUUCCCAACAUCAGUUUGAAAAAUCCUUUGAUCCGAAUUCAAUUUCAGAUUCACCUAAAUCACGCGGAUGUCAUGGUCGCCGAGAAAAUGGCACAUGCUUUCACCAGCGAUCUCCACCGGAAGGAAGGACAUUACGGCCACACGUCUGAGAAUUGGUCAAUUAAUUUGACUUCAGUCAAAUUUGCAGAAAUCGUACCGACAAGUGUCAAACAUCUGGUACCACCGCAUAAAGUUUUAGCUAGUUGGGGACAAUGGACACAGUGGACUCCCGAGUGUUACUCAGAAACGUCUUGCGACCCUAUGCGGAUGCAAUCACGUAACCGUCGGUGUUUGUUACGGGACAAGCGACCCGACGAGCCUAUUGAGUCGACUGCCAACCUGCCAAACAACGUCAUCACACCUUGCAUUGCCGGAUCGACUGUGUCAGCUGCGGACAUAGAGAUCCGACCGUGCAGUUGUGCUGCCACCCGAUUCCGAACGCCACGGCCGCGAAUCUCUUUCAGUGUCAUUCGACCGACAAAGGCGGGGCAAACGCAUUUCCGAUUUAGUAACACGUCAAUAGCCACCUUCGAUCAAUUGUGUAGUCAAUGUCGAUCAGGAGAAGUCUGCGUCGCCCGAUUAGAAGAAAUCGUUCCGGUUUGCCGAUGGGCUCCCAACCCGGAAGAUCCGAGCGGUUGCGGAGGUUUUUGUCGUGCAUACACCGAGUCCUGCCUUCCCCUCGGAUCUAAUUCAUUCAAGUGCGAAGGAGUGUCGGAAUGUUUGACUGAUAUCGAGUGGCGUUGCGGCGAUGGAUUUUGCAUCCACAACUCAAAGCGUUGCGAUAGGGACUACAACUGUUUCGAUCAUAGUGACGAACUGGACUGUGAAACGACAAAUUAGGCGGGGAAACCACAUCACUUCAAAGGCGCCUUCGUUAAAUUAUUUGAAUCGAACACAUAAUCGACAAAAGCAUACUGCAUAGGCUAGUCUUCAUACAAAUAUUCCCUUCAUAUGUAUCUUUGUAAUGUCUGCUGUGGCGGAACGUACAUAACGAAUCCAUUUUGUCGUUCAUAAGCCUUGUACCUUCCGAUUUCAAACUUUAAUGGAUGUCUGGGGUAUAAACUGGAAAUCUCAAUAUACUUUUUUUUUAUGUGUGAUGAACGGACCAGAACGGACCAUAAAAAUUAAUAAUUUCCGUUGACAUUUCAUUAUCGAUUGUAUUUAAAUGCCAAAUCAAGUUUACUGAACCAACUGAAUAAUUGAAUAUUUCUGCACUACUACCCAAGUAAAAUCGAUUCCGCCAUGCAGAAAAUGGCUCCCAGAAAAUAAACGACUAGGACGAGAGUCUGGGAAAUUUGAUAAGA